CAAACAAAAGUCCUUUCUUUCUUCCUCAUGGCUGUUACUCUUGAUUCUGCUUUUCCGGCGAGAAAACGUCGGCCUUUGGUCGUCGGAUCUUUCGAAUCUCCCAAGCUUUCUGAUGCCAAACUAACUCGGUCUCUGUUCCUGGCCUCUCAUGAGAUUUCUUCUAUGCAGCCUCUCCGCUUCAUCCUCCGACGCAAUUCUCUCUCCCUCAUUCGCAAAGUCAAGAUACUAGCUUCCGUCUUCGAUGAGCUUCUUCUCCGUUCCCAACUGCUCCUCUACUCUCAAUCCGCUCAGCUCUGCUUCGAGGAAAUGCAAAUCGUUAUGCAACGUAUCAAGUCUUUGAUCGAUGACUGCUCUCGUGUUAGCAAACUCUGGUUACUCUUGCAGAUCGAUAUCGUUGCCUUCAACUUCCACGAGCUCGUCACCGAUUUGUCCACCGUUCUUGAUAUUUUACCGGUCCAUGAAUUUGACUUAAGCGACGACGCCCAGGAUCUCAUCUCUCUCCUUAGAAACCAAUGCUCCGACUCUGUUCAGUUCGUCGAUGCCCGCGACGAUGCUCUCCGUCGUAAAGUCACCGAGACGAUCGCCGGAAUCAAGCACCAGAUCUCACCGGAUCACUCUAGUCUUAUCGAGAUUUUCAACGACCUUGGUUUUACCGAUUCUGCUUGUUUGACCGACGAAAUCCAGAGAUUGGAGGACGAAAUUCAGGAUCAGAUCGACGACAGAUCCAAAUCCGCAGCCGCUUCUCUCAUCGGACUCGUGCGUUACUCUAAGUGCGUCUUAUACGGUCCCUCUAUGCCGGCUCCCGAUUUCCGCCGUCACCAAUCCUUAUCCGACGCAAACAUCCCCGCGGAUUUUCGGUGUCCGAUCACCCUCGAGCUGAUGCGGGAUCCAGUGGUCGUCUCCACCGGUCAGACAUACGAUCGAGAGUCGAUCGAUCUAUGGAUCCAAUCGGGGCACAACACGUGUCCGAAAACAGGUCAAGUCCUCAAACACACCAGCCUCAUUCAAAACCGUGCCUUGAAGAACCUGAUCGUUUUGUGGUGCCGCGAUCAGAAGAUACCCUUCGAGCUAUACGGUGACGGCGGCGGAGAACCUGCGCCGUGCAAGGAGGCGGUCGAGUUUACGAAGAUGAUGGUUUCGUUUCUCAUCGAGAAGCUCUCCUUGGCAGAUUCUAACGGUGUCGUUUUUGAGCUCCGGGCGCUAGCCAAGUCGGACACGGUGGCCCGAGCCUGCAUAGCCGAGGCUGGAGCCAUACCGAAGCUGGUACGCUAUCUAGCCACGGAGUGCCCGAGUCUUCAGAUAAAUGCCGUUACGACGAUCCUAAACCUCUCCAUCCUGGAACAGAACAAAACGAGGAUCAUGGAAACUGAAGGAGCGUUAAACGGCGUCAUCGAGGUUCUUCGUUCGGGCGCCACGUGGGAGGCUAAGGCUAACGCCGCAGCGACUCUUUUCAGUUUGGCGGGCGUCUCGGCCUACCGAAGAAGACUCGGGAGAAAAGCACGUGUCGUAAGCGGAUUGGUUGACUUGGCUAAACAGGGCCCCACCAGCUCUAAGAGAGACGCCCUCGUGGCGAUCCUGAACCUGGUGGCUGAGAGAGAGAACGUGGGGAGGUUCGUUGAAGCUGGAGUAAUGGAAGCAGCCGGAGAUGCAUUCCAGGAGCUACCGGAGGAAGCGGUGGCUGUCGUGGAGGCGGUGGUCAGGAGGGGAGGACUCAUGGCGGUUUCAGCUGCUUUCAGUUUGAUACGGCAUUUGGGGGAGGUGAUGAGGGAAGGAGCGGACACCACAAGGGAGAGCGCGGCGGCGACGCUGGUCACGAUGUGUCGGAAAGGGGGGUCGGAGCUAGUGGCGGAGAUGGCGGCGAUUCCAGGGAUAGAGAGGGUUAUAUGGGAGAUGAUAGGAGCUGGAACGGCCAGGGGAGGGAGGAAAGCGGCGUCGUUGAUGAGAUAUCUAAGGCGGUGGGCCGCCGGAGAUACACAUGACACGGCGGCGGAGACGCAGAGCAUUGUAGUGCCAACGCCAAGUAGGAUUUUUAGUCCAGUUUUAUGAUAUUUUUUAUUUUUCCCUCCUCUUCUGUGUAAAGGUUCAAAGGUUUUUUUUUUUUUUUUUUUGGGAUGAUUUGAAAAGAAAGUGAUUCUUUUACA